AUAAUCAUUUUUUAAUGCGAGAAUAGAAAAAAAUAUGCGAGAUUCUCGCGUUCUCGCGCUGUAGUGAAAACACUGAUAUGUAACAAGAGUUUUUCAUAUAUUAGCAACAUGAUUAAACACAGUAGUGUUCACACUGGUGUGAAACCUUUUUCUUGUAGUUUAUGUAAUAAGAGUUUUUUACAUCAAAGUAGUCUGACUGAGCACAAUCAUGUUCACACUGAUGAGAAACCUUAUUCUUGUAGUUUAUGUAAUAAGAAUUUUAAAAAACGAAGUCAUCUGAAUGUACACAAUAGUGUUCGCACUAAAGAGAAACCUUAUUCUUGUAGUAUAUGUACUAAGAGUUUUUCACAAAAAUGUCAUCUGACUGUGCACUGUCGUGUUCAUACUGGAGAGAAACCUUAUUCUUGUAGUAUAUGUAAUAAGAAUUUUUUUAAACGAUGUCAUCUGAAUGCACACAAUAGUGUUCACACUAAUGAGAAACCUUAUUCUUGUAGUGUAUGUACUAAGAGUUUUUCACAAAAAAGUCAAUUGACUGUGCACUUUCGUGUUCAUACUGGAGAGAAACCUUAUUCUUGUAGUAUAUGUAAUAAGAGUUUUUCACAAAAAAGCUAUAUGACUGCGCACUUUCAUGUUCACACUGGUGAGAAACCUUAUUCUUGUAGUUUAUGCAAUAAGAGUUUUUCAUGCAGAAGUCUUCUGACUAAACACAGUCCUGUUCAUACUGGCGAGAAACCUUAUUCUUGUAGUUUAUGUAAUAAGAGUUUUUCACAUCGCAGUAGUCUGAAUGUACACCAUCGUGUUCACACUGGUGAGAAACCUUAUUCUUGUAGUUUAUGUAAUAAGAGGUUUUUAAGCAGAAGUCAUCUGACUAAACACAGUUCUGUUCACACUGGUGAGAAACCUUAUUCUUGUAGUUUAUGUAAUUUGAAUUUUUUAAAACGAAGUGAUCUGAAUGUACAUAAUCAUGUUCACACUGGUGAGAAACCUUAUUCUUGUAGUUUAUGUAAUAAGAGUUUUUCACAAAAAGGUCAACUGUCUAGACACAGUCGUCAUCACACUAGUGAGAAACCUCAUCUGUGUAGUAUAUGUAAUAAGAGUUUUUCACAAAAAUGUUAUCUGACUGUGCACUAUCGUGUUCAUACCGGAGAGAAGCCUUAUUCUUGUUGUAUAUGUAAUAAGAAUUUUUCGUGCAACAGUCAUCUGACGAGACACAGCAGUAUUCAUACUAGGGUUAAACCUGAUUCUUGUAGUUAAUUUUUACCCCCCUGUUCACCGUUGACACUUACCUAACACAAAACACCCAGUUCCGAAACCCUGGUUUGGAAAUAUUGACCACGAGUCAAAAAGUGCAUUCUUCAUUAUUUUAUUAGCCAUCUGUUUCGUAACUAGGGGUUUCUUAACUCGCUGUUAACUUGCACUCCGGGUUAGAUUUUCAGCCUUAUUGACAAUUAGAAUUUACGAUUCUAUUUUUAAAACUAAUUUUCUAUGAAAGAAUUAAAAAAAAGAUUGAUUUGAGUAAUUAAAUUUGAAUCAUCACUCUUUUACUGGACAAAUGUAAAAGAUGUUAAGUUUCCAUUCCCUAACUGACUUGUAUUGAUAUGCAAAAGGAUCUAAGUAUUAUUAUUAUGAAUUUAGAUAUUUUAUUAUUAUGGAUAUCAUAAGGCUGUGAGCAAACAUAAAAAAUAUUACUGAGAUUCAGUUAAAAAUAUUUUUAUUUCACACAAAUAUCUAAUACUUUUAUUUGAAACAACGAUCAAGGGGAUUAUGCUAACAUCCUUCUCAUCCUUAUUCCCACAUUUUUAAUAUUUUUUUUCUCUCUUCAUAACAUAUUAUUGAUAACUUAAACCAUUGAGAAGAAUUUUCUUUUAUUAAACACAGUAAAUGAAAUUGUAUAAAAUAAACUUCUCCAUCUAGAUAAGCAUAAAUCAACACAUUCCUAUUAUUCAGAAGAAGUUAUAAAUGACUAUUAAAAAUUUUUUUGAAGGCAAAUGCCAAAAUUUGAACAAAUAUUCCAAAACUUUUAAAAAAAUAAUAUAUUUAAAAAUUUUAUUUUUUAAAUAAUUGUAAAUGGAAAUAUAUCAGUUGUCUAUACCCCAGAUGUGUCAUAAACAUGGGUUCCACUCUUUAGUCCUUGGGACUGAAAUCAGUCUUGAGAAAAACCAAUAGACUAAUAAAUUCUAGCAAUUUAAUUAAAUUUUCUUUCUUUUUUCCUUAGAAAUUUAAAAAAUUUUUUGGCCAAAAAUAAAAAAAUAAUAUAUCUUUAUUAAUACACAUGAUAUUGUAAUACAUAUGAUAUUAUAUAUGAUAUGGUAAUGUGAGGACUUUUAUUUAUCUUUUGGUCAGCUUCACUAAAUCUUAUUCUUAAAGUCUUGACAAAUGGGAUUGAUUGAACUUCAUUUACUUGUGUAAUUAAAUUUGAACUAUUGCUGAAUCUAAAUCUGCUCGAGUUUGCUUGCCCCGCUCUAACCUAUUGUCAUGCUGGACAAAGUUAAAUCAAGAUUA